AUGCCACGAGACCAUCACUCCCACUCGCCAAAAGAGCAUCCGCGCCAAUCAAUUACUGAUGAAGAAACCAUGACUUUUAGUCGCUACAUGUCGUGCCCAUAUGGCGACGACUUUGACUUCCUUCCUUCUGACGUUCUGGGCAAUCGAUCCCGCAACGAGCAAUACCACUGGGGUGAUAUCACCUAUAGAUACCGGGCUCAAGGCGACAACGGCUGGAUUGAUGGGGAUUCUGCUCAGCAGCGUAGGCCUGUCAAAACCUUAUCUCAGAGCAACGAUGUUCUUGCCGCCGCGGACCUCUCGCCUACGCUACCUUCUGGUCCGCUCAACAUGGCUCGCGAAUGGCUCAAUGUUGAUGGCGAUCUCGCACUGCGUUUCGACAUCAGCAACACCGGCAAUUCCGACAUUGAGAUUGGCAACGCAAUGGCGGCUUGUUCUCUGUCUGAGCCAUACAUCGGCAUGGAUUCUGGCCAAAUUCGCGUUAAUUCCAUCAAAGGCACGGGCUCAGCUUUAGUUGUCACGGCCCUCACUGGCACCAAUUCGCCCAUGGAAGCUUACCGAAAUCUUUGGGAAUGGGGCUACGAAGGAUCUUGGCAAGUCCUUACAAAAGCAUGGGCAGAAAACGAGUGGGCUGUUCAGAAGGCACAAUCUUGGAACCCACCCUCUUCUAGAACAUUAACCCUCGGUUCAAUUCUUCGAUUCGGAGUAAGGUUUAGUGUCGUUACCGAAGGCGUGCGGGGAUUUGACAAAGCGGUCCGGAAGACUCGUCACCCCACAGCCAUCAGCGUCCCGGGCUACAUUCUGCCUAGGGAUCUGCCAGGAAAACUGUUCCUUCAGUCUGACUCCCCGAUUUCCAGUAUCUCUGUUGACCCUCAGGGAUCACUAUCUGUGGACCCCGCGGGAGACGCUGCUUACACCUUGACGCCCGGAGUAGUGACGUUGACAUAUGAUGACGGAAAGAUUCAGACAAUCCACUACUAUAUCACCAAGCCUGCCUCUGAAACCAUUCAGACUAUGGGGCAUUUUCUCACGACAGAAGCACACUUCACCGAUGAGUCUGACCCUUUUGGUCGUACGCCAUCAAUCAUUACCUACGAUUGCCAAAGCAUGUCGAUGGUUACGCAAGAUCCCAGAGCCUGGGUACCCGGACUGAGCGACGAGAGUGGAGCAGGAGCUUACAUUGCUGCCACUGUUAAGCAAACUAUUUACCCAGACGCCGACGAAGUUAGGAUUCUUGACGCGUUUGUGAACAAUGUGGUUUGGGGAAACAUCCAACAAGAGGACUUUGCGGUACGGAACUCUCUUGUCUUUUACGAGCCGGCCGAGGUCCCAGGAUUCACGUAUGAAAACUUUGACUGGACCUCUUGGACAUCCUGGAGUAAGGAUCGGUCACACGCGACUGACAGAGCCUACAACUAUGUUCAUCCCUCUGCGGCAUACUGGUCUCUCUAUAGAGUUGGACGCGCCUACCCGGAGCUAAUGGGCCUGAUGGGAGAGACCGUUUGGGGCAUGAUUGUGACUGACCUUCUACGUGAAGGGUUUGAUGACGAAGCAGCUACUCUGGAAGUACUUAUGAAGUCUCGAGCCGAGCACUGGGACUCUGUUGACGCCCCUUUUGGGAGCGAGAUGGCCUGGGACUCCACCGCCCAAGAAGGUGUCUACUACUGGGCGAGAUAUUUCGGAUUCAAAGAUUUAGCAACACGGGCAGUAGACACCGUCCUUGGCUUCACCUCCAAUUACUGGGAUUUUGAUCUUGCCGGAAAGCUGCGCAGGCUUGAGCGCCAGAUCCAUCACUACGGUUCCGCUUUGGACUCUCAAGUCUUACUCUCGGCGUUGCGUGACGACCCUCCUGACUCCUAUCUUCUACGCACCGGUCAUGGCGGAAGCUUUGCACCCCUUUCAAGCAUCAAUGAAGCUGGUUGUCCAAGCGCCGGAUCCCAUUCAUUCCCCGACACCUUACAAUGGGACGGCUUCACUGCCGACUAUGACCCGGGAUUUCUCGGCAUGGCCCUCAACACGGGAACAUAUGUUGCCGAAGAUGAACAAGUCGGUCUCGUUGCUUACGGCGGAGAGCUUUCGAUCGAUGGAUCGAAAGUGACGGUUGAACCUCGCGACCCUGUCAGAAAGAGGGUCUUCAUUGGUCCGCUGGCUGUUUUGAUCACGGUUGAUGCGGGUGUCAUUGAGCAGUUUGCCUGUGAUGUCAACACGAGAUCCAUCUCCAUGACAUUGUUGCAGCUUGUGAACGCCCCAAAGGCGAUGAACGCUACUGUCUGGAUGGAGUCGACAGAGGUCUCGUGGGAUAUCAGUGGCGAUAACGUUGAGGUUGCCCGCGGCGGAUGGAGAGUUCCUAUGGCUCAAGAUAGAGUCAACAUUAUGCUGUCUCCGAAAUCAGUCUGA